AUGAAGACCCCAGCAUUGUUCGAGGAUCCGGGAUUUCUUCGCAUGGGUCACUUUGUGCUCUCAACUAGCACUCUUUCAACUAAUACUAUUGUGUUCGGAGGGUUCGGCCCCGUGGUAGACGACGGUUUCGGUAUCGGGUACAACGUAUCUUCGUCCCGCAUGGGAGCCGUUAUCUCCAGUCACAAGAUGGGAGAGCAGACAACUAAUCGCCCUGAAAUGGUGGAGGCCGCCAAGAAGUUCAUGCUCACACCGAAAGUCCGAGACACUCCUUUUGAGGAGCAGCGCGUGUUUCUUCUUGGAAAAGGUUUACCAGUGUAA